AUACUUCUUUGAAUUAUUUUCAAUUCAAACUUUUUGUGAUAUAUUUUUUUAGAAAGCGGAACCUUAAGAUUAUAGGUUAUGUUUUUUGUUGUCAGUUGUUGACAGUUUUGUGUGAAAAUGGAAGAAAAUCAAAAAAAGUUAGUUCCAAGAUUUAAUACGAAGCAAUUCAAAGAACAUUUUAGAAUGAACCCGCAUGCUUUUUAUAGCUUGGAAAAUGUGGGAGGAGAAAAGUUGUCAAGUUCAUCAGUUUGUGUUCAAAAGCAAUUGCUUUCAGUGAUAUGGUUGUUAGCAACACCUGAUUCAUAUAGAUCAGUGGCCCAAAGAUUUGACUUAGCCAAAUCAUCGUUGCAUGCAUGUUUCAUUACAGUUGUUAAUGUUUUAAAUGAAAUAGCUCCAAAUGUUAUAAGUUGGCCUGCAGGAGAAAACCUAAUGAAUGUGGAAAAAAAAUUUAGACGUAUGGCAGGAUUGAGCGAUGUUAUUGGAGCAAUUGAUGCAUCACUCAUUCUAAUAAAAGCACCAGAAAUUGAUGCUCAGUAUUAUGUAUGUCGAAAGAGAUUUCAUGCACUUAUUUUACAAGCUGUGUGUGAUAGAGAUCUUGUGUUUACUGAUUGUUUUGCUGGAUACCCUGGUUCAAUUGGAGACUUGAGAGUUUUCAGAAAUUCUGAUUUGUACAAAGACGUUGAUGUCAACCGGGAAGCUUUAUUUCCAAACGACGAGUAUGUAAUUGGGGAUAAAACGUAUCCAGUUUUGCCAUGGUGUAUACCUCCUUAUUUAAAUCGUGUAAAUCUUACACCAGAUCAGGAGCGUGUUCGUAAUAAUUUCAACACAAUUUUAUCUAAAACUAGGCAGGUUAUUAAAAGAGCAUUUGCUCUUUUAAAAGGACGCUUUCCAAGAUUGAAAUAUUUCGAUAUGGACCGCAUGGACUUAAUGCCUCACACAAUUAUAUCAUGUUGUGUACUGCAUAAUAUUUGCUUAAGAAGUAUUGAUGAGGACAUUGGAGAUUAUAUUAGGGAAGGUGCCGAAAUUGAAGUCAAUGAACCGGAGAAACCUAUGGAAGUGAAUAAUAGAGCAGAAGCAGAGGGAAUGACAAAGAGAGAUUAUAUUGCUGCAUGCUUAUAA